AUGGCUGAGGCUUCCGACAAUUCUCCUGACUACAAAGCGCUUUGGAGACAAGCAGAACAAGACCGGGAGAGGGCAGACCAGCAGCGGGAAAGAGCAGACCAGGAGCGGAAAAGGGCAGAGGAAGAGCUGGACAAAGCCCGGAGAGACACACAACUGACAACCUUUGCUGAAUUCAUUAGGGGCUGUCACAUUCGUCUCUCGCGGCCGAUUCGCGUGCAAACGAAUCCGGACUUGUCUACCCAAGGGUCUUUGACCAGUCCCGAGGGUCGUUCUUGCCCGACGCAUCUGCGCUUUUGGACCGAUUUCCACACACUCCAACACGACGUGUACACGAAGGUGUUUCGCUUAUUGGAGCCCGCCCAAGGGCCCUCACCGCGCCUUUUCAGCCCACUCCUGGCGUUAGAAAACCUGGGCCGGCAACUUCACCUGCACCUUCUGGCUAGUGAAGCCGACCUGCAGACCUACGCUCGUUUCGCCGUCGAGGAUCAGGUGCACCAGAUUCUCGAUGCUCUCAAAUCUAUCCCAGGAUCGUCCGAUUAUUUCCCGCUCGAUGGGAACUUCUGGUUCGAUAAUCAUUCCAACACCUUGAGCGAGCGCCUCGAGGCUCGUUCGUCGCGGCGCGGCGGGAAACCGACCCGGUCUAACACAGAUCAAUUUUGCGUGCACCGGACCGUGGAUGGCAGAAACGAUCUUUUGACAAUCGUGGAAUACAAGCCGCCACACAAGUUGUCGCCUGAACAGUUACGUGCCGGUCUCCGAGAUAUGAAUGUGUGGGAAGACGUGGUGCAGCAAACGACCAUGCCCACCGACCGGGAGGAAAAAUUGCAGUACGUCGCCAAGCUGAGAGUCGCCAUAAUGGGAACUCAAGUCCAUGAUAGCAUGAUCAAGGAUGGAGUCGCGUAUGCUUGCAUGACGACCGGGCUUGGUCAAGUGUUCUUCCAUGUUCCGGAGAGCGACCCCGAGACUCUACUAUAUUUUCUGGCGGAGCCGAAUCUCGAUGUUGAAUCGAUGGGCCAGGCGGACUGGAGACGAGAGCCGGUGACGGCCGUUGGCCGCAUGCUCGCGUUAUGUCUGAUGAGUUUGACGGCGCCGGUGCGGAGCCAAGCAUGGCGCAACGGCGCGGUGGGCAACGUGCACACGUGGACCGCCGACGUCCAACAGCCCGCCGCGCGUGGCCCAGCGCUCCGCUCCCGCACCAGGUCAGAAGCGCCGCAGGAGCCAGCUCCUGUCUUCUCCCCCACGCCGGGCGCGGCGGCUAGCUCGAGGACGAAAAGAUCCGCCCAGUCAGCCCCCCAGAAACAGCAGGACGAAAUGGAACCGAUUGAUUACUGCACGCAGAGCUGUCUUCUCGGUCUGCGAGACCGAGGCGAGUUAGAUCUCGGGUGCCCCAACUAUGAGCGGCACCGCUGCUCCAAGCCCACCCAUCGACACCUGAUCGACCGGUCCGAUCUCGCCAGCUUGUUGAAGGUGCAGUUGGAUGCGAGUCUCGAUCACUACAUUACUCCCUGUGGGGAUCUAGAUUCCGGUGGAGCCCCUCUGCGGGUGAGUCUGAUGCCCUACGGAUACACCUUCAUCGGCAAAGGCACCCCGGACGAGCUGAGGGACCAAACGCGCCGGGAAGCGGAAGCUUAUCAGGUGCUUCACUCGUGCCAGGGCUCGGCUGUACCGGUCUGUUUGGGCACUAUUGAUCUGCUGCAAACCUACUUUGUACAUCCCGGAAUUUGUGUCACAAACAUGCUCCUCCUAUCGUGGGCCGGCGAACCGGCCCGUCCCUCGCAGAGUGGAGUAUUGGAAUCUACCAAACGAGCCAAACGCGCGAUCGCCCGAUGCGGAAUACGACAUCAUGCCUUUUCGCAACCGGCCAACAUGCUAUGGAAUUCCGGCUUGGGUCGCGUUCAACUCAUCAACUUUCACUCGGCGACGUGGUCUCCCCGCAACCUUCUGCCAUUGUCACAUCAGAGCUCACGAAAACGUUCAGCACGGGUGGAAGAGCCCGGACCGAAGCGACUUCGCAUCAGGUGA